GAGUGUAGCUCACAUGUGCAAAAAUAUGGUUCAUCACCCUUCUCUGAACUUGUAGGCUUGUCUGCACAAUGCGCCCACAUGUGCAAAAAGUAGAAAAGGUUGUGGGGAUUGGCUUUCAACCCGGACUUGAUUCGUCGAAGAUUGUCAGUGCCUCUCAGGCUGGUGAUAUUCAAUUUCUGGAUAUCAGAAAUCAGAGGGAUCGGUAUCUAACCAUCGAUGCUCACAGAGGUUCACUUACAGCAUUAGCCGUUCAUAGACAUGCUCCUAUCUUAGCUAGCGGUUCAGCCAAACAGUUAAUUAAGGUCUUCAGCCUAGAUGGCGAUCAACUAGGCACAAUUAGAUACCAUCAACAAGCGUCUUGA